CCGGAAGUGACGCCGGUGGGAUUAGGAACAGCCGUUUGCGUUUGUUUAUUGUAGGGCUCUUGUGUCUGUUAUUGAGGGGCCGUUGAGGAAAGUACGGCCCGGGGACGGCAGUUUUCCGGCGUCGUUUUGAUGUUGCAGCGGCUUCGGAUGUUUAAUGUACACCGAGAAGAUGAAACGCAAAGUAGCCAAAGCCUCGACACUAAGGCUUAGCCCCAACGAAGAAUCUUUACUGUUGAAACAAGAACGGGAACGAAGACGCAAGCUCCGUCUGCAGCAGGUCAGAGAGCAGGAAAAGGUUAUCGCUCAGCAAAUCCGCAACAAUGUGAAGGACAGGAGAGAUCAGCAGCUCCAGCACCUGGCCGAGGAACUUCGGGCUCACUGGCAGGCGACGCAGGAUGAGAAGCUCCAAGCUUUAGAGAAGGCUUAUCAGUCCAGUGUCAGAGCCAUCGGUGAGAGCCACAGACAAGCUAAAGAAAAUGAGCCGGAUUUGAAAGCUAUUGAAAGACGAGUAGCUGCAAAUAAGGAGAAAGCAGAGAAGAGACACAGAGAGGCCCUAAGAGAAUUAAAGCAGCAUAAAGAAGAGCAGCUAAAAGAACAAAUGUGGCAUAUUAAAGCCCGCAGGAAAGCACUUAAUAUUGAAAAGGAACGUGCAGCGAAAAUCGCAAGCCUCCCUCCUCCUCCUCCAGACCCGCUUGAGAAUCUGGAACUUGUGAAAAAACUUCCAUCAGUUAAGCUCUGUAAUAUAGACAGCUUCUCUGUGUCGCAUUACCACCUUCCUGAACCUUACGUGGACAGAGAAAUGGAUAGGGAGCAGCCAGAUGCCCGGGCUUCUGCCGUAGAGGAAGCAAAGCGCUUGGAUGCUUUGCAGAAAGAAGAGGAGAGAGAGAAAAUGGAACAGCUAGAAAAGGCACAUCUUCGAGGAUCCCACGCUUUGAAAAUGGUUCAUUUAACACAGGACCGGGACCGACUCUUGAAGGAACUGGAGCAGAUGCAACAGAACGACCUUGUUCGGCGGAGGCACAUAGUGGCACAUAUGCCACAGCAGCUGUUUGAGCCAGCUUACAGACGGGCAGAGAUCAUGGAGGAGAGGCAGAGGGAGCUCGAGUCUGCCUUCGAAGACAUGUACACUCAAGGCCAACAGGUGAAAGGGGACCUGGUUUUACAGCUCAAGCCACAACCUUUACCCGUUCCAUCUGUUAAAAGCACUGAUGAAGAUUUGGAUCUGUCUAUGGAUCCCGAACAUGCAUCUGAAGUCUCUGGGAAUACAGAGGAGGUGAUAGCCAUUGACAAGCCGCAAGCUGAAGCCAGAGAGCCACAAUCCAGGGUUGCUCUAAAGAAACUGUUACAUAGAAUAAGGACCCAGAAAGACAAGUGGAGUUCCAAGAGCGAUAUAGAGACUCUCAGUGAAACUUUGGAAUCUGGAUCUUUGCCCGUUGAGGAGGAGGAGGAACCGAAGGUGAAGCUCAUCUCUGAAUCCCAGGAGAAAGACGAGCCACCUGAACCAGAACCGCAGGAUGAGACGGUGGAUAACACGGUUUUAGCUGGGAACGCCAUCCUUCUCCAUCCUCAGGAACAUGCUAUGAGAAUCCGGAUGACAGCCGAGAGACAGAAGGAGAUGGAAGAUAUCGAGAGACAGAAACAGGAACAGCUGCAAUUGCUGGAGAGGUUAGAAGAGCAGAGGAGAAGCCUGGAGGCCGAACUUCUAAAAGUCAAGCAUGAAAUGGAAGAAGCAAAGAGGCAGGAAAAGGAAGAAGCUGACGAUUCUCCUGCGCAGGUUUCUGCUCCAGAAGUGGUUUCUUCCACGGAGAGUCCGCACAUCCAGAUGAUUAGGGAGUACCAGCAGCGUUUGAUACAGCAAAACCGAAAACAUAAGCAAUCGGUAGAAGAUGCAAGAAAACGUCUUCAGGAAUACCAGUUAUUACUGAAAAAACGCUAUUCUCAUUUAUCAACGUCUGGACCUCAAGCCGAAAUCCAAACUGGCGCGGAUGUGCGUUCGAGCACUAUAACAGAAACAAAUGAAAAAUCAAUCGAGCGUUUUACCUCCUCGGAGACCCGACCCAGAUUACAGCCAGCAUCUGGUCAGCUUGUGGAUGUAACUGAGCAAACGCUUGGUCCGUUGACUCCAACAACAUUGCAGAAUUUGGGACAAACAGUUUUACAGCGUACACAGCCUUCUCCGUUUGUGCUUUCAGAAAUUCCUAACAAUGGAUUUGGACAGUUACGGGAGCAGGCCAUGUACGCUUCAUCAUCUUCAAGUGAUACCCUGACAGAACAGACGCUUGUCGGAGCACAAUCAUUGGGGAAAAUCAAAAGUCCUAAACGUGUUGGAACAUCCACCAAUGUUGAUUUUGAAGAAAGUAGAGAUCCGCAUGAAAACAUCACUUUUAAAGAAACCGAAUGCCCAUCUCCAGAGGAGAGCGAAGUCAAAGCCCAAGAUGGCUCCUCCACUUCAAGCCUGUGGGAACAUGAUUCCUCUUCUGACCAGUUCUAUGCACUUCCCCCAGCUCUGUCUUUGGGUUUACCACAAAUACAGCCAGAAUGUCUGCCUGAUGCGGCUAAGCCUUCUGUUGUCCCGCAGCCCUAUACCAAGGAAAAGGUUGGCUGGUCAUUCGGUGAGUUUUCCAGCGUUCAAGAGUUCAGAGAGCGGCUUCUUUCCUCCACAUCGGAGAUUCAACUGCAGCAGGAUCAGCUGAGAGAGAAGCAGAGGCAGUUGGACAAACAACGGGAAUCUCUGCUGUCGAAGCAAAAAAGCCAAGAGGAAGAACUCCUUCAGAAGCAGAAAGCCCUCGAGGAACAAAUGAGGAAGCAUCAGGAGUCAUUGGAGCAUUACCUGAGCGGUGCAGAGUCAGGGCCAAGAACGCUGCCUCAGGAUCUGUGCCAGGUACCCGUCGGGGAACGCUACCAUCUUAUGUCCUCGCUGCUGGAAGCGUUGCAAGGAAAUGGUGAACAGCAUGUCGUGCUAGGAAAUGGUGGCGUGCUGAAAGCUCUGGGAAGAGAUCACCGAUGGAGGCCUUCAAAGCCACCAGUUACAAAAACCAAACUGGGACCCAUGCUGGAACCACACGAGCUCAGUGCUAUUCUAGAGGUAGAUACUCCGACCAGUGGAAGACACUCGAGCGAUGGGUUAGCGGUGCCAAGAGAGAGCCGCUCAGGCUUGAAGGAUCGGCCAGGCGGAGAGGACUUCUUAGCCCCGUUUGGCUACAAUCCAGAGAGCAGCCGAAUUACCAGCAGCAGCAGCAGUGAUUCUUUCAUUAGACAUCUGGAUCUUUCUGGAAUAUCCUUAAGCAGUGGAAGCUCAAGCAGCCAAAGGAGCCGGAGUAAAUUAUCAUGGCGAGAGAUCCUGUCUUUAGAAGCCAGUUCGUCACAUGAUCAGGAUGCGGGACACUCACAGACUUCUGACAGCCAGCGAGAUUUGUCUAGUCCACCUCCACCCGAGACAAGCUUCCCUAAACCCCUGCGUGUGCACGAGACUCCGCGAUUUGCUGAUGCUGCCCAGAUCAGGCCAGAGGCCCCAUCCAGUCCCCGUGUCCUGGCGCUAGAACCUUUCCAUGACUAUUUAUCGACAACCACUAUAUCAACCGGAAGCUUCCUAACGAGCGAAAAUGCAGACUCGAGCCCUGGAGUCUCAGAGUAUAUGUCAGAACUUCAAAGGUGUAACUUCUCGCUCAUCAGGGAAGCCUCCGAAGCGAGUCCACCGACAGUUCAUCCCUCUGCUCUCCAUCGAACAAACGGUUCCAGGCGUUCAGAGUUCUCACCGAGUGCACAAGAAAACCGAAGCCAAAUCCAUCAAAUCAUUGAAAAAUACACGAAAGAUCUCAGCGCAUCCCUAGAAAGAAAUCUGAGUUUUCAUGCCCCUGCAUCUGCUGUAGAUAUUUCAGCCACGGAAGGGAACCAGCACUCCAUGGUCUUUCAUCCUUUGGAUCCGAAACCCGACUUCAAUAUUUCCACACCGUCCUACGCGCUUUCCAAUGACUCCAGCAGCUCUCCAGACAAUAAACCAUUCAGCCAGACUUCGUCGAGUAGCCAAGUGAGCUUGUCACAGAACCGCGACCAGAGCGGGAGGUCGUCCUCUGGCUUAGGCAGUUCUCCAAGUGUGGAAUUUGUAACUGGUUCAUCCACUAAAAAUCCCAUCCUAGGUACAUCGGAUUCCUCUGCGUCGUUUCAUGCGCUACACCCUGAAUGCACGUUUAACGAGACCAAUCCGUUUGCCCAGGAGGAGAGGUCUUCGAGGUGCUCUGUUCUAGGACUUGAUAGCACAAAGUCCACGACUGUCAUGCAGGGAGAUGUAUCCACUUCCCAAAGAUACAACCCCAGACCUCCAGCCUUUCAAUGUUCUACUCAAAUAAUCAUGGGUCAGGAUCAAAGCAUAGCAGAGGGCUCAGGUUCUUUUCAUACGUUGGUGGCCACCCAGACAUCUGUGAAUGACUCUGUGUUGUCUGAACACCCAGUGUCUGAAUCGCUAGAGAAACAGGAUGAGGUCUCUCGCCGCUUUGAAGAGUUGCCAGCUGAAGUUAAACUUCUCCAUGUGGCGGAUAACACAGAAAGCUAUAAUGUGCAGAACUACGAGAAAUCCGGAGGUUUCGGACCAGCAGGACGAAGCCCGCGUCCGGGCAAAGGAGCCGGCGUAUCCCCAGAGUCCUCAAACCAGACGUUAUACUCUGAGAUCAUUACAGACGGAUCCCACACACGAUCUUCUGUGAACCUGAGCUUACUUCCUUCUUUCACGAGUGGAUCUACUGCCUUCUCCUUGGCCAGCCGGGUUUCUGAGUGGGACACUGAUUCUGCUUGUGGAAUCAUGGAGGAGCCGGAGCUGACAUUAGUGAGUUUAAAUGAUAGUAGCGUACUUAGUUUGGAGCCCGUCCUUACAAAGACAACGACGUCUGAUCACCAAGGAGACCAGAACUCUUCUGAGAGUGGCUUUUACCCGUUAACGGCAGAAAUGGAUGCGUCCAGGUUUACUGUAACGGACGGUUCCUUCUUAGGCCUCGCUAACACCAACCUGUCUUUAUCGCAGCCAUUUACAGAAAUAAGCAUUGAGAAGACGCCGGCUCCUGGCAACCUGCAAGAUGCCUUUUUAACAAAGAAAAGACUGUUUGUUGAGCGAUCGACAAAACGCCUCGAAGAAAUAAAACAAAAAGGAAAACCGCAAGAAACGAACGUGAAAUCUCCCCGGGAUCUGCCUUUGAUUAACCCGCCGGAGGCAUCCGUCGGAGCUGCGUCGGUAGCUCCAGCUGAUGGGGGGCAGUUGAAAAGGGUGACUGAAGUCAGAGUGUGUACCCCAGAAGAGCGAAAACUGACUGAGCUGGAGAUGCACCAACGGACCAUGCGAUUAUAUAAUCAACUUGAUGAAGUUAAAACCAAGAAAGAGACGAUCGUGCGAGAGAAAGCAUACGCCAAAAACAGAGAGAAGGCUAAAGAAUUCAAAAAGAAAACCUUGGAAAAGCUGAGAGCCAACAAAAAGUGACAGUUCUAAAAUAUACAUAGUCCAAUGACAAAAUUCAUUUGUAUUUUUAUCACAUGAGAACGUGGACUCUUGGCAUCCAAGAAACUUUUUUUUUUUACUUUUUCUAGAUUUUACAUUUUAAUUUAAAAGAAAUUGACAUUUGUUUAUUUCAAAUUGACUGACACUUUAAAAUA